AUGGUUGCAAUUGUCAGAAUCAUGAGGAAACUUGAAAAAGAUCGAAUUGAAUCAUCAUGUUUGUUUGCAAAAAAGCGAAAAAAUGCUCUAAUAGUGAUGAGGAACUAUAUAAAAUUGAGAACAAGUUCAAAUUUGCUGGAACUGUUCAUCAGUAAUGUAAAUUCCCUCAUCCAUCAAACUGUCAAAACUGCGAUAAGACGGUAUAAACUGGAAAAUGAGAGGAAGAGACACUGUGAUUUAGCUGACGAUACCAAACCAAGUAUGAAAAGAAAGAUAUCUCUUCAUAAAGGAUAUCAAAUUAUUGGAAAAGACAGCCGAAACAUUUGGUUCGUUGGCCAAUUCGGAAAAGGAGCAGAGGAAAAAGAAGAAGAGGAGGACGAUGAUGAAGAUUGUGAAAACAACUGGCGGAACGACUACCCCGAUGAAUCUUCCUGGUUUUACAAUGCGGAUCCUAAUUUCAGCUGUUAUGACUAUGGUCGAGAUUAUGGAUGA